CUUCCUUUCGACAGAAAAUAAGGAACCCAGAUUGAAUAAGGUCCUUAAGGUACGGUUCAUGGCUGCUUCUUCUUCUUCUUCGACGGUGGAAGAUGAAUCCGACGUCGAAUUGGGACACCUAUUGGCUCUAUUGCUAGAGGAGAUGCGACGGAGGGUAAGCAAACACCUAGAACUCCACCGCCUAAUUGAGGUUGUAAUGGACUUGGGUCGGAAACCCUUGGCUCGGUUCCCCUCCGGCGACUUCGUCCUCUCUGAUCAUCCCAUUACCUUCCAAGACCUCGAGCAUGCUACUUCCCAGCAAAUAAGGAACGCAGAUCUGAUUUGGCCAGGCGAAGCUUGGUUUAAAGAAGGCAGUCAGCGACGGAAAGAGGGAGACAAAGAGGAGGAUCUCUGCAACAAAACCUGCAUCAGGCCCUGCAACCCAUGGCGUGGUGGCAUUGAUGGACUGCUACCAGAGGUAAGCUGGGAUUUCGGAAACUCCUCGAUCUAUACUGGAGGCCAAUGCAAGAUUGGAGCUGCAAAGAUGGACUGUUCCUGGAGGUAAGCUGGGAUUUGGCCGGAAUUCCUGCAGAGUUAAAGCUACGGCAGCGGGUCUGGUGGCAGCAGCCAUGAAAGUUCUAGUGAAUGUCCCAACGACAACGACAACUAUUUCUGGGUUUAUCACUCGGAACAUCUUUUUCCCCUUCCAACCUUGUCAAAGCUUCCAUGGGCUCAUUUUCCCUCUUCUAGGAAAAGUAGUGACGCCUCUCUUACCAUCAACGACUGUGCUCACCUUGAACAUUGAAUCUUCCCCGCAGCCCUUAGUAUUCUUGACUGCACACCCCUGUGUUCCGACCAGGUGACCCCGUCUUUGAGGCCGCCCCUAUUCCUUCCUCUUCAUCCUCCACCACCAUCCAGUCUAGAAAACAGUGAAUCUGACCCUUAUGACUUUUGCAGUCAGGGCCUUGGGGAUCUCGUGUGCUGCCACAAGGUCCCCCCAUUUCAGGUUUUCUUCUACAACUUCGGUGAAACCUCACAGUUUCGGCAGUUCCAAUGACUUUUGCAAUCAGAUUUUUUUCUAUAACUCCAUUAUUUCGGCAGUUACAGUGGUUCCAAUGGUUACAACUGACGCAGCGUGGAAGCAAUGAGAAUCGGAGCUGACUAUGCAAGCACC